GCCGCCUGCCCUCCCGCGGCCGGGCCUUCCCUUUCAGCCCUCACCGCCACCCGUACCGUGACGUCAGGAGCCGUGACGUCAGGGCUCGCGCGGUCACGCCCGCCGCGCGCCAAAUUCGAAGGCGGGUGCGGGCUGGGCGCGGCGGCCGUUAUCGCCGUUAUCUCCAUUGCGCGGGCAGCGGCGGCCUCCCCGCUCCUCCGGCCUCUUGGCCGCCAUGGCCACUCCGCCCAAGCGCGGGCGGCAGGAGGGCAGGAUCAAAAAGAUCGCGGUCGAGGGCAACAUCGCUGCAGGGAAAUCAACAUUUGUGAAUAUUCUCAAACAAGCUGAUGAGGAAUGGGAAGUUGUUCCUGAGCCUGUAGCUAGAUGGUGCAAUGUUCAGCAAAAGUCUGAAGAAGAUUGUGAGGAGCUGACUGAAUCACAGAAGAGUGGCGGAAAUGUGCUUCGGAUGAUGUAUGACAAACCAGAAAGGUGGUCUUUCACUUUCCAGUCAUACGCAUGUCUCAGCAGGAUCCGGGCUCAGCUCAGAUUCCUUGAUGGCAAGCUCAGAGAGGCAGAGAAUCCUGUUGUCUUCUUUGAGCGAUCUGUCUACAGUGACAGAUAUAUCUUUGCAGCUAAUUUAUAUGAGUCUGAUUGCAUGAAUGAAACGGAAUGGACUAUUUACCAAGAUUGGCAUGACUGGAUGAAUAAGCAGUUUGGUCAAAGCCUGGCACUGGAUGGGAUCAUUUAUCUCAGAGCCACUCCUGAGAAAUGUUUAAAUAGGAUUUACUUGCGUGGAAGAGAUGAAGAGCAAGAAAUUCCCAUUGAGUAUCUGGAGAAGCUACACUACAAACAUGAAAGUUGGCUUCAGCACAGGACACUGAGAACGGAUUUUGAAUGUCUACAGGGAAUACCUAUUUUAACGUUAGAUGUUAAUGAAGACUUCAAAGGCAAAAAGGACAGAUAUGAUCACAUGACUGAAAAGGUCAAAGAAUUUUUGAGCACCUUAUAAUCCUCUUUGAAGCGCAGGCAGAGUCAGAAUGUUCCAAACAUCUGUGUGAUCAAAAUCUGAAGUACAGCUUCUGCUUUUAUAGAAGGCCUCUGGAGAGGCAGGACUCAAUCCUGUUGAUGUAAUUGUGAGGAACAAACAAACUUUGUGAAUAGAGAAAUGAUUAAAUAAAUCAGAAAGUCUGUUCAGUAUUAUAUUAAAUAACACACACAAAUUCUGAAGAUACUAGAAUUCUGAGAGUUCUCAAAUAUUGCACCUGUUUCUAAUCAGAGCAGUAAGUUCUUCUGGAGUAUUUUACUGUAUUUUUAAAUUUAUUUUGUGCCCAGUAGCUAUUUACUUUUCAAGAAGGUAGUUUUUAGUUUUUUUAGAUCUCUUGAGUGGCUUUUUUAGUGGAACUGAUUUGGAAUCAAUGUCUGAUUCUGUGGAAGAAAAAAGUAAAACCCGUUUUUGCUGGUGAAGAAAUUUUAAUAUAGCCUGGAGUUUUAUAUUGUAAGGUAUAAAAAAUAAAGUCGUCUGACCAUUUUGAUGGAGAUGAAGUUCUUCACAGAAUACACUGAAUUUAAACAAAUCCAAAUAUGGCUGAAAUUCUGUAGAUGCCAAAUCGGUUUUUAGAUCUGUUUUCCUUGUGCACUGCAAACUGUGAUAUUAAGAGGCUUUCCAUUCGCUAGCAUGGUUGGGGGGGGUGGGGGGAGGUGGUGUUUCCAUUUUUUUUUUAAGGUUGUUAAUAAAACAGAGCUGUUGAUUGUUGUUGGCAAGUGCUCUUUUCCUGUAGAGGAGUAUGUUUGCUUGAUAGGUAUGGUAAAAGGAAGGAGAAAAUUUUGGAAAUGGCCUCCAUGUGUAAAUGACAUGUUUCUAAACCUUUCCUUAAUCACAUUUUGGAUGUCAGAGGUGGCUUCCUGCUUUUGUUCCAGCUUCUCCAUUUGUUAACUGGGCCUUCUGGGAGCUUACACAAGAUACUGCAGUACUUGAAGUAGGCUGUCCUUUCUCAUCAUCUGGUAGUAGGAAGGGGAGAACUUUGUGGAGUAGCUGCUGUUCUAGUGCAUCUUGUUUUAUUAACUGAGCCACUUUUGUUUGAGGUGCAGAAAAUAUAAACUAUACAGGGUACACAUCUCAAGUACUGUGUUUUAUGAGCUUCUUUGUUUGGCUUUAGACUUUUCUGAAUGAUUGCACAGUCAGCUUUUGAAUGCCAAGUUUUAUCGUAAAGCAUUUUAUUGUCUACUGUAAUGCCUGUAGUACCUGCUAAUUUGAGAUGAAAUUUCUUCCUUUGUGGUUGGAAUUUUGCUGGCAUUCUCUAACCAUUGACUGAAAAUUAAAAGUGGUUGGAAAGACUUUUUCAAUGCUUAAUAGUGUUGGCUUCCUUGUCUUGUAAAAGAACUGAUGUUGUAGAUUUCUGGUAUGUAAUACUAGUACAAUGGAUGAAUUUAAGAUCAUGUAUUCUCUGUUCUCCAGGAUUUUUGAAACACU